CAUGACACUGGCAGCUAGCCUAGCCGGCUAACUUGGCUAAUCUGAUUUAUCGCUUGAGUUAAGCGCACGUAACGUUAGCCAGGAUUACCAAAUUUAGUUUUCCAUAUCUAUUGGUUAACGCAAUAUCCAUCUAACAUCAAACAGUAACUCAUUACAAGAAUGGCAUCGCUUGGGGAGCCUGUGCGGUUGGAAAGAGAUAUUAACCGGGCUAUUGAGCUGCUUGAUAAGCUCCAGAGGACGGGGGAAGUGCCUCCCCAGAAGCUGCAGGCGCUGCAGAGGGUCUUACAGAGUGAAUUCUGUAAUGCUGUCAGAGAAGUGUAUGAACAUGUGUAUGAAACAGUGGACAUCAACAGCAGUCCUGAGGUCAGGGCCAACGCCACAGCUAAGGCCACUGUGGCAGCUUUUGCAGCAAGUGAGGGACAUUCACAUCCACGUGUUGUGGAACUGCCCAAGACAGAAGAAGGCUUGGGUUUCAACAUAAUGGGUGGAAAGGAACAAAACUCACCUAUUUACAUCUCACGGAUAAUCCCAGGAGGCAUCGCUGACCGUCACGGAGGCCUGAAGAGAGGCGACCAGCUUCUCUCUGUUAAUGGAGUGAGUGUUGAAGGUGAGCACCAUGAGAAAGCUGUGGAACUCCUCAAAGCAGCUCAGGGCACAGUGAAGCUAGUAGUAAGGUACACCCCUAAAGUCCUUGAGGAAAUGGAGUCACGCUUUGAGAAAAUGAGGUCAGCGAAGCGCCGGCAACAGAAUAACUAUCCCCAGUAGGAUUUUUCCAUGUUGAUGCCCAACUCCCAUGUUUCUCCUCCUCUAGCCUUCUGGCCAUCUGUGCCGGUCUCUUUCUUAUCUCCCUGCCCCAAAAAAACAUAACAAACAUACCCAAGUUUGGUUUUAGUUGCCACUCACACAUACUGUAUAUUGUGCUUCUAUCCCUCUCUGUAGCAUUUUUAAUAUUCACCAUUGUUACUGUACUAGACACUACGACUCUAGACGAACACUAGAAUGAUUAUGAUUGUCAGUGUAGGUGGUAUCUCACACGUGUGCAUUAUUUUUGAAUUGACAAUUUGAAUGCAACUUUGAGAACUUUUGAGAUCAACUACAGAGCUCUUUUGACUGGAAAGGUAGUGUUUUUAAUUCUUUUAUCACAGCCACUACCAAGUGCCUCAGGGCAAACACGUUCAUCCUAUGUACUGUGUCGUUCUUUUUUUCUUUUUAAUGGUCAGGUAAUUAACGCUUGUGGCAGGAAUUAGUACAUGCUUUACAACUGUUACUCUCAAAAUCAUUUAAUUUAGAGGAGAUGAUGACUGUUUGAAUUUGCAGAAAAGACUUAGUUAUACGUCUGUUAAUAAGGGAAACCACUGAAAGGACACUUCAAGUUGAAUACGAUAUAUUAUCUUUAAGGUUUUUCUCUGGGCUUACCCUCUAAGUUCUCUAAUGUCACACCACACUAUAAAAAGCCCAGCAGGUACUGUAAGUGAUGUAAUGGGGUCUCAGAAACUCAUGAACUAAAUUCCUGCCACUACGCAGACGCACAUUUUUACUUUUAUCAAAGUAAUAAAACUUCACAAGCAUGAACUCUGCAGUCAGCAUGACACGAGAUGAAACCUGUCUGGUUCAUUUGUAUUGAUAUAAAGCAGGAAUUCACUAAAUGUCAUAUUUUUCUUUAGCCACGUAGAGUACUUAAUGAGAAGUCGAUUCAACAACAUUUGUCUUUAAUCUUCGCUAGAAACUGCUUUUUGGUAUUGUUUGCAUCAUUUAGUGACAGUACAAAGCAAUGUAAGACAUUCAUAAUAUCUAGCAAUCUCUUUAUGUCACAGUAAUACCUAAUGUGAGCGUUCAUCAUUGUUUUGAUGAAUGAAAAGGCAUAUGUUGAUAUCACACAUUCUGUAUAUGGCCAAUACAUAUUCACCAAGGCUACACAGUGUUUAGGGCGUCAUGUCGUGAAUCUGUUGCAUUGGCAUAUCAUUCAUGUCUAUUUUUCUGUCUGUUUUUAACAUUUUGUUACUCCGAAUCUUACUCAAAACAAAAAGUGUGUCUUAAAUGAACCAUCAACUACUUUUGAACUUUUAUAUCCUGGUGUCAUAGAGAUCUCUAAAAGGUUAAUUGUACACAAAAUACCACGGCUGGGAUAAGGAUUAACAUUCAAAAUAUAAUAGAAAGCCCAUAUAUUUCAAUAAUUUAGCAGAGCAAUAAGUUGGAACAUUUUCCUUCCUGUGUGUUACUACAUAUUUAUUGCCAUACAGUACCUAGACAUUUUUGUCAUUUUUCUUUUAUUAUUACUAACGGUCGUCUUUGCUCCAUUAAAGCCAAAAUGUCAGUGGCACCCAUGUAUGUAUUUAAUAUAGAAACUGCACAUCAUGUUAAAAUAAGAAUGAACAUGUUAUGUAAUGUUAUUACUGAAUACUACCAGUCAUUGGCAGUUUUGAUUUUCGGUUUUAAGCAGGCCACUGUCAAACCAAUUUCAGUAACCCUCAAUAUACUGUAUUUGUAGGCUUUCCUCCCAUGUUUACAUAUACAACAUUUACCAACAAGGCUUUAUUAGUGUGUGCAGAAUGCAUGUUUAGCUUUAGCUAUCAUACUGAUAUUCCUCGUAUCAUGAGAAAGCAUCUUAUGAUGUGGAAUCUUAAUUGAUAAGUCCAAAUCCCAACCUUAAUCCUACAUGAAACAUGUCAAUCAAACAAGUCAGCAUGUCAUGGUUUUCUUUAAAAUACCUAUUAUUGAGUAGAAAACAAUAAAAGUGAGUAUUCAAGAUUUUUUUGCCUUUCCAUCAACAAUUUCAAUGUAAUGGUUGUCUGUUAGUACCCCCCCCCCCCCCAUUUAGUCUUUCAGUGUGUGGGACAGCAAACUAUCCCCAGAGCAAAUUUAAUCAGAGAUUUAUUCACAGAAAUGUUUUGUUUCCAUGGUAGAUGCAAUAUCCUGUACAUAGCAUAUAGCAUACCAUAAACUAGGCUUUGGCUACAUAAGCCAUACCAUUCUCCAGUCUCAGGAUCAACCCAUCACAUAUUUGAGACAGGAAGGUGGUAACGAUGAAGAUAGUUAUUAUUUAUCUAACUGAUGUAGAGAUUAAAUGGAUGGUGGGUAAAGUAACAGAAACACGAGAGUGUACGAACUUUACCUACAGCUUCGUUGUCUUUUUGAAUGGUGUCAUACAUGUCCUGAACUGUUUGCUGAACUGUUAUUCAGAAAUUAAUUUAUUUUUGCAGUGUAGUGUUGAGUGGAUAUCCAGUUUCUGUUUGGUUGUGUAGCUGCUUUUGUGAUGUAGUCACUCCAAGGCUUUUUCUCCCUCUUUUCAUUUGGUGUUUUUGAUAUUUUAUCCACCGUCUCUUAAAAUAAGGUUCAAUAAGGGUAAACGCUUAUGACAGCAGUUGCUCCAACAAACUGUAAAUAGCUCAUUCAAAAGUAAUGAAGUGCAGAAAUACUUUUUGGCAUUUAAAAAUGUUUAUUAUUUUCUCCAAAAUGUGCUUGUAUGUUUGUGUGAUCUUGAAAUUUGUCCUUUUAAAAAAAAAAAAAAAAAAAAAAAAAGAUUACAUCACUAAAUACACUGAAAUGCAUCACCAAGUGCUAAAAAUAUCAUUAUCAGUGCAAGAUCAGGGGAUGAUUGAUGAUUUUUUUCCACAAGCAGCAGUCAGUGAUGCUGUGAUCAUUUUUAUUUAAUAAUUGGAACUAAAAUUUUAGUUUGCAAACAAGUUGCUUUUUGGCAUCUUACUUUUGUUUGUCGCAGUCUCUACACAUGUCCAUCAUUACCCUCCGUGUCAACUCAAAGUCUGCUGUUCCUUUAAAUGUCAGGUUUAGCUGCAGGACUAUCUUGACUCAAAUCAGUGAAAGGCGUCGUUAACUUCUAUUGAAUUGUAUGUUACUUUAAUAUUGAUGAGCACAUACCCCAGGUGUAUUUAGUAGGUGUGCUCCCUUUUAAUCCAUUACUUCUAAUGAAAAAUGCUGAAUUUUGGGACAAAAUAUAAAAUAAAACAUACACACAGUACUGCAAGAACUGAAUGCAAAUCAACUAUCUAUGCAAGGACUUUUAAAACCUUUGAAAAUCUCCUGUAUUGGUGCAAAAUAUUUGUCCUUUUACUACAGAAUGUUAUUGAAAAUUCCUACUUGAAAGCUGUGUGGACAAAUGUGUAACGUAAUAUGACUUGUUCAAAAAUGUUGGGACCCGCUGCACACAUUGGAGUCACAUAAUGUUAUGAGACACUUACAAUGUUUGUCAUCUCAUAUUGAUCACCAUCAAGUUAACAGUGAAGAUUUCCAUGUGAUAUUAGCCUUGCUAUCUAAUUAAUGAUUGUCGGGAUGCAUGUAGAUGAAUAGGCUUAUGUGAAAGUGUGGUUAGUAGUAAAACCAUUCCACAGGCUACUUUUGAGCAAACUUUUGUUUUGAGGAAUAAAAUUUAGCGGAGGAGUCCGGGGUGUACAUAAAAGUUGAAAUGUCUUAAUAUAAUGUAUAGUUUGUCCCUUGAUUGUAGUUUUAUCCAACAUUAGGUAUCUAGCUUCACUACUCACACAUCUACACACAUGUAUAGUAAAUCAGGAAAAAAUGUAAUGAGACUUGGUAUUGAUAUUGCACAGUCGCACUCUCCACUGAAUGUCACUGACCAUUGUCUGAGUUAGUUGCAAAAUUUUGUGAAGUAGUUUUCAACUUUAUACCCGUUUUCCUUGUCUACAUAUUGGAAUGGCCAAUAGAGUAUUUUUUAUAAUACUUUUCUUUUGAUAUUUUUCUCAAUUUUUAUAAGUGGUUUUCCUAAAAAUAAAUACCAGGAAUGAUUGGUACUUCCAUUUUGACUGUGUACCACGGCCAUAUCAGUGGAGCCUCUCUGAAAUGAAGCACCGAUGUAGAAUGGCUGGUUAGAUCUUGUGAGUGUACGAACUUACAGACUAAAGAGAGGAACCGUCCUACAUCAGUGCUUCUUUUCUGAGAUCUGAACUGAUUUUACCUUUCUUUUGAGUACCAAGACCAAACUUGCAACAUUUGUGAAAAUUUUGAUAAUGCUUUGAAAAGUUUUAGUCGGUGCUUGUUUAGGAUUAUUACUUGUAGACUGUUUCGUGUUAUUUUGUGUUCUCUUGUUUGUUAACUAAUUUACUGUGUUACAUUAAUGUGGAAUGUAAAAUGUUAUGAUGUAGAACAUAAUAAUAAUUGGACUGGAGGCUCAAUAAACAGUGCUUAAAAUUA